AUGCCGCAAACCACAAACCAACGAAAGCGUCCCUCCAUCAACCCACGAGAAAACAAACAAACAAAUGCACGCCAGCUGAGACAGACAAAUGACUUACAAGCACAAAGCCCAUCACUCUUUCACCAAGGAUACAAAAUCCUGACUUGUUUCUGCCCGAUCUUGCAAUACGAUCUGACCUCCUUUUGACUUUGAUACAAAAUACUUCACAGAUCAAUUGUGUUUUGGGGCAAAUCCACCCCGCGCAUUUUGGUACAACAUUCAAUACCAACUGUUGACUU